UAUCGAGACACACAAUGUAAAUGUAAAACAAUAAAAGUGUUCCGAAUUCUUGACAAAUGAAGGCAUAAUCACGUUAGGUAUGUAGGUCAUCGACUGACCGAGGGGCGUGUACAUUCAUUGUGCGCCUUUAACGCGCGCUUUUCUACGCACAGUGAAGCCUACGCACAGCACCUUCAUACGUGAUUCAGGACAGGCUAGAUGCUAAAGUAGCCCCAGCGUUAGCAUUGAACGCCGUAUAACUACAAAAGACGCGGUAUCCCUGAAGCAAACUGUUCAAGACCCACGGUCUACACGUCCAAGGGGAAGUGCCAUUGGCCUGCGACUGCGUAGUGUUCAGCAACAAACUUUGCUAUGGGCAAAAAGUCACGCGAAGAGGACUCCUCAUCCUCUGAUGAGGAAGAAUAUGUUGUGGAGAAGGUGCUGGACAGGAGGGUGGUGAAAGGCAGGGUUGAGUUCUUCCUGAAGUGGAAAGGAUAUUCAGAAAAGCACAACACCUGGGAGCCAGAGAAGAAUCUGGACUGCCCUGAGCUUAUUUCAGAAUUCAUGAAGACGUACAAGAAAAGCAGCAGCAGCAGUGGUGGUGGAAUCUCCACUCCUAGCAGUGGGGGCAGCAAAUCAGUCACAUCCUCCUUGGCACGCUCCAAAGACUCGACUAGCUCGAAGAAGAGAAGCUCUGAUGAUGAGGAGGAGGGGGGAAGUAAGCCCAAGAAGAAGAAGGAGGAGGACAUUCUAGUUGCUCGUGGCUUUGAGAGAGGACUCGAGCCGGAGAAGAUCAUUGGUGCAACUGACUCAUGUGGAGACCUAAUGUUUCUUAUGAAGUGGAAAGACUCAGAUGAGGCUGAUCUUGUGCUUGCGAAAGAGGCCAAUCAUAAGUGCCCACAAAUUGUCAUAGCGUUCUAUGAGGAACGUCUCACCUGGCAUGAAGACAGUGACAAGAAGGAGAAGGACGUCGUCAGUGCAUGAGUGCAUCACCUCAGGAGGAAACAGUACCACCUCCGCUACAGGGACAACCUUGAGUCAGACAUUUUUCACACCCAAACCUCCCAUUCUUGCGCUUCACCAUGUCCAACAAAGACAGCGAACACAGUUGUGUUAUCUCCAUCCAUGCCCUGUUGGAGGACAGGGACCCCAGACUGCUGAGAAGGAUCCAUCAGACAGGAGGGGAUGCUGUAGUGGACAUGGCUGACAUGCUACUGGGGAGGGUUUCUGCUGUUCUGUCUUUGUAUUCUCUUUGUAUUCUUUUACCUUCUUUUUAAUAUCUUAACACAUGUUUUAGUGCUUACAAGAUACGGUUAUGUCAGUAAGGUAUGUUGCAUCUAUGAGCACAUGGCCAUCUGGUCAAACUCAGAACAUAGUCUUGAGAGCUUGGUACAAGCUGUGCUAACUAGGAGCUCGCCCCAUGGCCGAUGCACAACUCCCAUCAAGUCUUUACAGGCGGUGCACCUCUUUGCUUUAAGAACCCACUAACACCACUGAGAGUAAAACUGUAGUAUCAACAUUCAGGGGGAAACCUCCGCAGCACUUUACUGACUGCAUAAUCGCUUCCUUUAAAAAAAACUUUUUUAUCUCUUGUAGAUUUUUCAGUUUGUCCUCUCAACCAGGACGUAACUACUUAAUUUACAAAUGCAGAUGAUGCCGGCCAAUUAUCUCUUAAUAAUGUAGUGAUGAUAUCCAUGUUCGUUAUUGUUUUUUAUUUUUAUUUCCAAGUUUAACAUGUAAAUGUGUGGUUUUUAAUUUCUUUACGCUAUCACCAGUAUAAGAGGACAGCAAAAAACAUUGCUUGGUUUUCAACCAGUUUAUUUUUUAAAUUGCAGUGUUAUAGUUGGACCAGUCUCAUGUUCACAUGUCAGACAAUCUUCAGCAUAUCCACAUGGAUUUAAACCAGCGCUCACCAGUCUUGGAUCAGAUCUGCCACCUUGUGGUUAAGUAACAAAAAUCUUCUCCACCAUUUGACCAAUAUCCAUGACAACCCUGUAGUUUUAAGUGUUUUUGAUCUUGUUGGUUGUUUUUGUUUUUGUUUUAUUUUUAAAUAAUUUGACAGUGAAAAAUAAGCUAGGAGUAUUUGUUAUCAUUGGAAUCACUGAUUUGAAAUAUUAAAACCACUUUCUGAUUAGAUGAUUCAUAUCCUGGUUUUUAUUGUAAGUAAUAUUAUUUUCAAGUACUCAAAAUUUUCAGAUGGAAGAAACUGCCACCUGGCAACAAAAAAGAUGGAUGCCGGUUUUGUAGUUUAAUCAGCUGUGCUCCAACAUGGACUCUUGUGACCAAAUGUUUAGUGUCUACAGACUGAGAUGUUUAUUUCUGUUUGCUUUAAUCUGCCUUCUAAAUGAAGGCUGUGACCUUCUCCCUUUCAUACAUACAGUACAUUUAUUUUGUCCCUUAUCACUCAGAUAAUGGUUUUGGGGUAAUUUCCUUUUGUCAUUAAAUAUAAUUUGUCCUUUCACACCCUUGAGCUUUGUCCUCAGUUUUUGCCAGUGCAUAAUUUUUAAAAAGUAGACUAUUUCUUGUGUCGACUAAAUGUUACAAAUAUGUGUAUAGUAGCACCCUUUUAAUAAACAUUUUCACUGUUAAAA